CUUGUACUUCCUUAUUUACUAUCACAUGACUCUCAUACUUCAGCUCGAGUGCUGUGGUGCUUUUUGCAAUGAUUUCUUGCUUUGUUCAAAUCAGCAUCGUCUUUUGUUGUUUAAUAUGUCCUUGUCCGGCAAAGAAUCGAUCAUAUGGAACUCCAAACAUUAUCAUCAUGCUUAUGGAUGACAUGGGAUGGGGGGACUUGGGGGUGUUUGGCCAGCCCUCCAAAGAGACCCCUAAUCUGGAUGCCAUGGCUGCCCAGGGCAUGCUGCUCACUGACUUCUAUACAGCCAACCCCCUCUGCUCCCCUUCCAGAGCUGCACUUCUGACCGGGAGACUGCCAAUUAGGAAUGGAUUCUACACUACCAAUGCUCAUGCCAGAAAUGCCUACACUCCCCAAGAGAUGGUGGGAGGGAUCUCUAAGGACGAGAUUCUGUUGCCUCAAAUGCUGAAGAAGAAGGGCUAUGUCAGCAAGAUAGUUGGCAAGUGGCAUCUUGGGCACCGACCUCAGUACCUCCCGCUGGAACACGGUUUUGAUGAGUGGUUUGGGGCCCCAAACUGCCACUUUGGUCCCUACAACAGCAGCUCCAGGCCCAACAUACCAGUCUACAACAACUCUGAGAUGGUGGGAAGGUACUAUGAGGAGUUUGUGAUCAAUAAGAAGACUGGAGAAUCCAACCUCACUCAGCUUUAUCUGGAGGAGGGUCUGGACUUCAUCCACCGCCAAGCCCUGGCCCAACAACCGUUUCUCCUCUACUGGGCACCAGACGCCACGCACUCCCCCGUCUAUGCCUCUAAGCGCUUCCUGGGGAAGAGCCAGAGAGGACGGUAUGGUGAUGCGGUGAUAGAGCUAGAUGAUGCUAUUGGUCAGAUCCUGGCCUGGCUUCGUAAUCUGGGCCUCGACAACAACACCUUUGUGUUCUUCACUUCUGACAAUGGGGCUGCUGUGAUGUCAGGUCCAGAGGAGAGUGGCAGCAAUGGACCCUUCCUGUGUGGGAAGGAGACCACCUUUGAGGGGGGCAUGAGGGAGCCUGCCAUAGCCUGGUGGCCUGGACACAUCCCAGCAGGAACAGUGAGCCACCAGCUGGCCAGUGUGGUGGAUGUGUUCACCACGAGUCUGAGACUGGCUGGCAUCAGCACCCCCGACGACAGGAGCCUCGACAGCCUGGACCUCACACCUGUUCUGCUCAACAACAGCCUCAUCAACAGGCCCAUCUUCUAUUACCGUGGCAACGAGAUGAUGGCCGUCCGGGUCGGACCCUACAAAGCACACUACUGGACGUGGAGUAACUCCUGGGAGGAGUUUAACAAAGGGAUUAACUUCUGUCCCGGCCAAGAGGUGGCAGGUGUAACCACCCACAUCCAGAAAGAACACUCCAUGCAACCAAUCAUCUUCCACCUAGUGCGGGACCCUGGGGAGAAAUACCCAAUAAGUGUUGUUACUAAAGAGUACAGGGAUGCACUAAGCAGGAUCUCUCAAGUGGUGGAGCUCCAUAAGAACACUCUGGUCCCAGGUCUCCCCCAGCUCAACAUGUGUGACAUGGCCGUCAUGAACUGGGCUCCCGCAGGAUGUGAGAAGUUAGGAAAGUGCUUCAAAGCUCCGAAGUCACAACCAUGGAAAUGUGACUGGCCACACUAACUGUCCGGGUGUCUGUCUGUCUCUGACGUCUGGAUGGUUAAAAGACCCCAUUGAGAGAAGUACCAUCACCAUGGGAUAUUACUGGCUUUUCACUGAGCUUGUGUGUACCAAGAGCGUUUUUUUGCAUUGGAUAACAUGAAACAUUGGACACUGCUGUACAUGAUAGUACUAUGUGGCUCUGUGUAUAAAACCGUUUUUAACAAGGUAAUCAACCAUCUAAGGUAGUUUAUCUGAUUUGUGCUUUUCCUUUAAUUAAAUUGAGAUUUUUUUUAUAUACUGCUGACAGAAAAGUGUGUUGUUGAAAAAAGAUUCAAUUGAAAUGUCAAAACACACUAUAGGGACAUGAUUUUGUUUAUUCUUAUUAAUUUCUGUAAAAAUAAUAUUUUAAACUGAAUAAAUGUAUUUUUCUUUUUCA